UGCCGGACCGUUGACUUUUAAACCAACCGCCGAUGGAGCUACAUAUCAGACAUAUAUCAGAUGUGCACUGGGAGUCAGAGGCGAAUGUGAGCAGUUUUUCACCAAAACAGCAGCAGACAGAGAAAAGGGGACUUUAUUCCUUCCUUUAAACGGAUUGAUCUCGAUCAGAAUAAGCUGGUUUAAACGCCCUGCUGGGAAAUGGACAAACCCCUAUAAAGUGAAGACGCUGCCCUGCUUCACCAACACAACCACAGGACGUGAUUUGAUCGAGGAUCCCCCCCGAGUGAAGGAAGAUAUGUUUGUACAAUCUGAUAGCGACUGUUCAGGGUCUCCCUCCAUGAAAUGCUUCAGAAGCAAGAACAUGUUUCCGUGAGGAGCAUGCACAUCCGGGUCUGGAAUUAACUUCAAAACCUUCAAAAUCUUCUAUCUUGAGACCUACACACUACCUACAAACCCUCUGAUCUCACUACGCAGUUCAACGUUUAGAUCAGUUUGACAAAGACACUCGAGGAACAACAAUAACAGUAACAACACUGCUGUGAAGAGGACCAACAUGGCCAACAACACGGCAGACCACCCUCCGGGGAAUUCGGUUGCAGAGGGCAACCAUGACGGGGACUUUGGGGUGAGCGUGGAAGAUCUAAGGGGCCUGAUGGAGCUGCGGAGCGCCGAGGCUGUCGGCAAGAUACAAGACACGUAUGGAGAUGUGCAGGGCCUCUGCCGCCGCCUGAAAACAUCACCUAUAGAAGGUCUGUCUGGUAACCCUGUUGAUUUGGAGAAACGUCAUGCAUUGUACGGCCAGAACUUCAUCCCCCCCAAGAAGGCCAAGACGUUCCUGCAGCUGGUAUGGGAGGCUCUGCAGGACGUCACACUCAUUAUCCUGGAAAUUGCUGCCAUCAUCUCACUGGGCCUGUCCUUUUACCACCCACCAGGGGGCGACAGCGAAGCAUGCGGCCAGGUCGCAGGCGGUGUCGAGGAUGAGGGCGAGGCCCAGGCUGGCUGGAUCGAAGGUGCUGCCAUUUUGUUUUCAGUCAUUAUUGUGGUCCUGGUGACAGCCUUCAAUGAUUGGUCCAAGGAGAAGCAGUUUCGUGGGCUGCAGAGUCGCAUCGAGCAGGAACAAAAGUUCACUGUCAUCCGUAAAGGCCAGGUGAUCCAGAUCCCUGUGGCUGAGAUCGUGGUGGGAGACAUCGCUCAGAUCAAAUAUGGAGACCUGCUGCCUGCCGAUGGGAUCCUGAUCCAAGGCAAUGACUUAAAGAUUGAUGAGAGUUCUCUGACCGGAGAGUCCGAUCAGGUCCGCAAGUCUCUGGAGAAGGACCCCAUGCUGCUGUCCGGGACCCACGUAAUGGAGGGAUCAGGCAGGAUGAUGGUGUCGGCUGUUGGACUGAACUCACAAACCGGCAUCAUCUUUACUCUGCUGGGUGCCAGCGAGAAUGAUGAAGAGAAGAAGGUCAAGAAAAGUAAAAAACAAGGACCCCCUGAAAAUCGCAACAAAGCCAAAACCCAGGAUGGCAUCGCCCUCGAGAUCCAGCCACUGAAGAGCGAGGAGGCCGCCGAGUCAGAGGAGAAGGAAGAGGCCAAGCCAGUGAAGAAGGUCAAUGUAACCAAGAAGGAGAAGUCAGUGCUGCAGGGCAAACUGACCAGACUGGCUGUACAGAUUGGGAAGGCUGGGCUGAUCAUGUCGGCUUUGACCGUCAUCAUCCUCAUCCUCUACUUUGUGAUCGAUACCUUCGCGGUUCAGGGUCGUUCUUGGGUGAAGGAGUGCACCCCAAUCUACAUCCAGUACUUCGUCAAGUUCUUCAUCAUCGGCGUGACUGUGCUGGUGGUGGCCGUUCCUGAGGGGCUGCCACUCGCUGUCACCAUCUCCCUGGCCUAUUCUGUCAAGAAAAUGAUGAAGGACAACAACCUGGUGCGUCACCUGGACGCCUGUGAGACUAUGGGCAACGCCACAGCCAUCUGCUCCGACAAGACGGGCACGCUGACCAUGAACCGUAUGACGGUGGUGCAGGCGUACGUUGGCGACACGCACUACAAAACUGUCCCCGAACCGGAAGCCAUCAAACCAGAGACUCUGGAAGUGAUGGUCAACAGUAUCUCCAUCAACUCUGCUUACACCACCAAGAUCCUGCCUCCAGAGAAAGAAGGCGGCCUGCCACGCCACGUGGGCAACAAGACCGAGUGUGCUCUGCUAGGCCUGGUGCUGGACCUCAAGAGGGACUACCAGCCAAUCAGAGAAGAGGUCCCUGAAGAGAAACUGUACAAGGUUUACACCUUCAACUCCUCCCGCAAGUCCAUGAGCACAGUGCUAAAGAACGCGGAUGGAGGCUUCCGCAUGUACAGCAAAGGAGCUUCUGAGAUCGUCCUGAGAAAAUGCUCUCGUAUCUUGGACGCCCAGGGUCAGCCUCGUGUUUUCAAGCCAAAGGACCGUGACGAGAUGGUGCGUAAAGUAAUUGAGCCGAUGGCGUGCGACGGGCUGAGGACCAUCUGCGUGGCCUACAGGGACUUUCCGGCCUCAGCAGGAGAGCCAGACUGGGACAGCGAAAACGACAUCCUGAACGAACUUACCUGCAUUGUCGUGGUCGGCAUCGAGGACCCCGUCAGACCUGAGGUACCUGAGGCUAUAACUAAGUGCCAGCGUGCAGGCAUCACUGUACGUAUGGUUACGGGAGACAAUAUCAACACUGCACGCGCCAUAGCAACCAAAUGUGGCAUCAUUCAGCCUGGGGAGGACUUCCUGUGUAUGGAGGGCAAGGAGUUCAACCAGCAGAUCAGAAAUGACAGAGGAGAGGUGGAACAAGAGCGUCUGGACAAAGUUUGGCCUAAACUACGCGUUCUGGCUCGUUCCUCACCAACAGACAAACAUACACUGGUGAAAGGCAUCAUUGACAGCACAGUCGGCGAAACCCGACAGGUGGUGGCAGUGACUGGCGAUGGCACCAAUGAUGGCCCGGCCCUCAAAAAAGCGGAUGUUGGCUUUGCCAUGGGAAUCGCUGGAACAGACGUGGCAAAGGAGGCCUCGGACAUCAUCCUGACCGAUGAUAAUUUCACGAGCAUUGUCAAGGCCGUUAUGUGGGGAAGAAACGUUUAUGACAGUAUCUCUAAGUUCCUGCAGUUCCAGUUGACCGUAAACGUGGUGGCCGUGAUCGUGGCGUUUACCGGCGCCUGCAUCACACAGGACUCCCCGCUGAAGGCCGUCCAGAUGCUCUGGGUAAACCUCAUCAUGGACACUCUUGCAUCUCUCGCUCUGGCCACCGAGCCGCCAACUGAGUCUCUGCUGCUGCGUAGACCGUACGGCCGUGACAAGCCACUGAUAUCCAGGACGAUGAUGAAAAACAUUCUUGGCCACGCCGUGUACCAGCUUGUCAUCAUCUUUACCCUGCUGUUCGCUGGUGAGAAGAUUUUUGACAUUGACAGCGGCCGCAACGCUCCCCUGCACUCGCCACCAUCAGAACAUUACACCAUCGUGUUCAACGUGUUCGUCAUGAUGCAGCUUUUCAAUGAAAUCAAUGCUAGGAAAAUCCACGGUGAGAGGAACGUGUUCGAGGGCAUCUACAAGAACCCCAUCUUCUGCAGCGUGGUACUGGGCACCUUCGUGUUGCAGGUCAUCAUUGUUCAGUUUGGAGGGAAACCGUUCUCCUGCACGGCUCUGACUGUCGACCAGUGGCUGUGGUGCACGUUCAUCGGUGUGGGCGAGCUGCUGUGGGGACAGCUGAUCUCAGCCAUCCCAACCCACCACCUGAAGUUCCUGAAGGAGGCCGGUCACGGCAUCACAAAGGAGGAGAUCCAUGAGGAGGAGCUGACCGAGGGCGCAGAUGAGAUCGACCACGCUGAGAUGGAGCUGAGGAGAGGCCAGAUCCUCUGGUUCAGAGGCCUGAACCGCAUCCAGACACAGAUUAAGGUGGUGAACGCGUUCCGUAGCUCCCUGUACGCGGGGCUGGAGAGCCCAGAGUCCCGUAGCUCCAUCCAUAGCUUCAUGGCCCAUCCCGAGUUCGUCCCACUGUCCGAGGAGGAGGCUCGCAUCCCCCCCAUCGAGGAGACUGGAGACGAGAUCGACCCCCUCCCUAGCCCCUCCUCUGGGGCGGGGGGAGGAGGAGAGCCGCCCAGCGCCUUCCCCCACAGCCACGAGUCAUCCAUCUGAGCUCCUCAUCCCUCCUCCUCCUCCUCCUCCCUCCUUCCUCCCUCCUCCUUCAUGUCAUCUGAACUGUCGCACUGAGGAGGGAAGUCAUCGCUCUGCUCAUCUCCUCAUCCUGCACGCUUCACAUCGUCUUCAUGCCGCCUCAGUCAUUCCUGCCACGUUGUGUUUUUUUCAUACUGACUGUGGCGUUGUUCUGCCUGUAAGUGUGUCCCUUCACCACCACCACCACCACCACCACCACCACUACACGUGGGUGUAGUCGAGCGUGGAGUCGAGCGUCUCCACAGUGGAAGGCCUGUUCUUGUUCAUUCAUGUUCAUAUUUUUUACUUUUGAAAAGCUUUUAACGUCGGGUUCGAUCUUUUUGCGGGACUUGCAGCAGCAUGUCGUGUUCUGUACUCGCUUCAUUCCUGCGUAACACUCAAACAAAAACGGCACCGAACUUUUCAAAGAGUGCAGUGAUUCUCAUGUACAUACGUUUUCGUUUCCUCCUCUACACAGCUAACAGCCGGGUUUGGUGUUUCCGAAGAUUUUUAGUCAAAUGCAAAAAUGUAACCUUAUUUUUGUUUUUGUUUUUAAAACCUCUUACGAUUGUUAAUUCAAACUCCUCAGAAUGUCUUGUGAGUGUGACACUACAGUCUUCAAGCUUCAACUGUUAAAAGAAAUGUUCUUCCCUUUAUCGUGUCUGUAUGUGUUUGGUUUUUCUUUAGCUGCUGUGUUGCAUGUGGAAGGACAGAAUGUUUACUACCCAAAAAUAUCUUAACGCGGCGGGCGUCCGAGGAGAGCGCUCGCUCUCAGCUCAGCUCAGCUCAGCACAGCACAGCGGGGGUCCGACCAAAACUCAUCUGGUUCUCUCUGCCUCCCCCACUUCCUCCCCCUCAGUACGUCCACAGUGUCGAUAGGAAACGGGAAGUUUCCCCUCCUCCAGUAGGGUGCAUGUUCUGUUUCAUUCGUGUUAAGUCGCAUGAUAACUUAGGAAUGAAUAUUUGGGGUUCAGUUUAGACAACCACGUGUGUGUCGUCUGUCCGGAGCGCCGUUAGCUUCCUGUCUGCAGGGCUGAGCCUCAUCAAUACUCAAGUUAAAGCCCUGAAAUACACUCAUGAGUGUCACUUAUGCUAAGAGCCUGGAGCCCAUCGCAUCCUAUAGAGGGUGGAAAAGGUUGAUACUCCUCAGUUCAGCCGGUGGUGCUGAUUAAAAUGAGGCUGCAUGACUUAAAUAUCAACAGGACGCAUCUUCCUGCUGCCGCUCCUCGUCUCGUUCUACUUGAAGGAUGAGGGUAAACGUUUAUCGUGGGCUGAAAGGUCAACUGACAGGCCUAAAUAAGACCCGCCCUCUUGAAGUCUGACAACCAAUAAAAAUGACCUGUGACACAGUGAGGUGACAAACAGACAGUAUGGAUGAGUUCAGUCCAUCAGACAGGAGUCUGGACCGUCUGUCUGCGUUCAACAUGACUCUUAGUACCACUCCUUGUGUUUUCGUUCGCUCGCUUCUCCGACUUUAACGUACAGAAACUCGGAUCAGCUGUCAGUGACAGUUCCUCUCCCCGUUCUGCUGCUUGAUCAGACAGACGUCAGCGCGGCGAUGAUGUCAGCUUGUAGUGUUAAAUCCACUGUGUGUCCGUGCCGCCGCUCAGUACUUCCUGCCUGCCGUUUGUCCGCAGAUUACUGUCUUAAAAGAAGAAGGAGUCAUCUUCCAAUCAGAAGCAGCGAUGCGUCUAAUCCCCUCUUAGUCUGACUAGCAGCCAUCAACCUAUCUAUGAACCAGAACACGUUAUUGAAGUAAUGUGCUACUACUGCCAUAUUUCCAACGUUUUGUCAUGACUAGGUUCUUCCUCUCCCCUCUGAUGAGCUUUUUCUAUGUAACUCAGAGCCAUAUUUUAUAGGUUGUCUGUAUUGUUUUUUAUCUCAUUGUUAUCAAGGUUUCCUUUGGACUUUCUCACCCGAUCCUCGACCCUCCCUCCCCUCCCUCCCUCGGCCCUUUACUCCAAACAUGACCAAAAAGCAAGGAGAAAAUCUUCAGUCAUCACUGCCGAACCAAGUUUAAAGGACCUCUACAAUGUUUACAUGAAAAGCAAGUGGGUGGCAGUUCGCCUGCGCUUCUCUCAUCCGACCACUUCCCUUUCAUUCCCUUGCUUUCCUGAAUCUUAGAGUUACUAUUUAACUAAAUGGGGAAUCUUUCUUGCAUGGUUUUCAUAUAAAAUUCAAUGUUUUGCUCAUUUUUUACAAUUCUUCUGUAUUUUUAUAUUAAGUACUUUUUAAUAUUUUGGAGAUAUAUGAAUAUAUAUGUAUAGGCUGAAGAGUUUGGUGACAGUACAGUACAUGAAUGAGAUGAAUCUAACGUGGACUAACGUCUUUUUACAGCUCUGAAUAUUUAUGCCACGUGUGUCGUCUUGGUCACCUGAUGUUAGGGCUCAGAAACCUGCAGUGACUUGUUUACUUCCUGUUGGCCGUUCAAAUUGGGAAUCUCAACAAUCUUAAGUCUCAUCAGCCCCCUUUUUACAUGAGUAUCUUCACUUAAAUAUGUUGUGAUACACUACACGCUAUGUGAUUUUCGCAGUUAUCCAACUCCAUUAGAGUUCAGCAGAUGCAACGUGAAUACAGCUAACUGUAUCAAACAUUAAAUGGGAGUGUAUAAUUAUUUAUCCAACCUCUGGGUUUCUUUGUUUCUGUACUUUGAAAGCUACUACGACUUGAUUUCUUUGAACGAGUGGACUGAUGCUGUUUUCCAGCUGACUGGUGUCGGAGCUGACGACCUUAUAGAGGAUCAAAGCUGUGUCCCGCUUCAGGCCCCGUCCCCUCCGAUCCCACUCAGAUGGACCAAAACCGAAAAAAGUAACUCGAGGACCAAAGUCGAGCCAGCAAAACCAAAACAAACCAAUGAGUUACUUUGAGCCCGCCAGCCAGCGUAGAGGGCUUUGAACCCAAUGUGCAUAAAGUUCCUGAUCCAGAAGGGACUCGAUCCAAGAUCUAGAGCAACACAGCAGACCCAGCUCGUUUCCUAGAAACCGAUCGGACCCUUGAAGUCCCCCAAAACAAAACAUGAAAUCAUUUAAUGGGUCGUCCAAUCAGGAGACAUCUCUUUAAUUUGGACAUCUGAGGAGGCGGGGCCUGUGCCGGGACGCAGCUGUAGGUGUCCUCACCAUUUUAUACCAACAGAAACAUUUUUGCAGGAAGAGAGCAGGACUGUUAAAGCACUUGUGACAUCACUUCCUCCUCCUGCCGUUCAGAGACGCGUCUUCCAAACUCUGACGCGUUUUUCUUUAAUUUUUUUGUUUUUCCUCUUUUGUUCUGUUGUACUGCUGAAUCUGACAAACACCUCCAGCACAGAAACGCUCCUUACAGUCAGUGCAAUGUAAAUAUUGUCAUAUUAAGUGAAUGACGUGUACCUGCUGUCUGGAAAUGGGAGAGAGGGCAAUCAGCCAAUCAUCACCCAGCAAAGCUUUAAGAAUGUUCUGCCAAAGUCGCUUCUCUCUUUCCUUUCUCUUCGUCUGCACACGUUGGUUUAGAAAGUUUGCCGUCUCUCCUCCCUCUCCACAUCCCGCCUGGAUACGAUCGUCCCUCUGCUCUCGCCACCUCCUCGGCUUGCGGUGGUCGUCUGUUGGACUGGUUGGACUGGUUGCCCUCACGUCUCAUGCCAGGUGCACAGUGGCAGCCCUGCCAUCAUCAGAGACACUCCACGCUUUUUAUUUGUGCUUCUGGUUUCAGGCACGUCACAAAUGUAAAAAAGAAAAACAGUCCAGAUGAGACUCAGCAGCGGACUGAAAAUCUUCACCUGGUUUCAGUUUUCUGAAGGUUCUUUGUUUCGUUUUGGGGUUUUGUUUUUUUUGGGAGUUUAAAUGAUCUCAGUUCGCCUCCUGUAGGACUUCUGUAUGGAAAAAUAACUCGCUUGUUAUCCCGUCAUUGUUGCAUUUUGACUACGUUGCUUCCUCUUCAGAGCACUGCCUUUCUCAGAACAGCUUCCUGUCGUCGGAUAUUAAAGGAAACGUUUGGAGAACCUUCACAUCCACUUCAGAAAUCCACAAAUAUAAAAAAAAAAAGGUUCAAACGAACUGGAAUCUCACAGUUGGAAAAGUCAUAACCACUUACACGUAUCUAUAUAUUUAUAUAUUAUCAUAGAUAUAUUUGAUUUCUCAUUGCAAAAAAGACUGAAAAAGAUUUGUUUUCUGUAAUUACUAUGAUACACAGUAAUAGGCGUUGGUGUUAUUUUUGUAUAAACAUAAUAUCAUCUAUGUGGCAUGCAUGACAUAUAUACAAAAUUUGGUGGUUUAAAGCAAUAUGUCCGACCUGGUGCGAUUGGUUCCGUCGUGUUCUGUGUAGCCUAAAAAAAACAAAAAAAAAAACACACAAAAAGAAAAAAAAAAACUGCAUUUGGAUAAAACUAACUGUUCAGUAUAUGUGUUCAAUGUUCUGUGUUCUGCAUGUUUUAGUAUGGAAUGAAACAUCCUCCCCCCAAAAAAUGUUGACUUGUUUUUCCGAACGAAUCUCAAAAACACACGAGACAUCACACACAGACACGCACACACAUGUAUUUGCACUGUGAGGUGAAACACACUGAGGAAAUGAAACUGUGUGACUUCUGAUGGAU